AGCGACCAUAAGGCUGAGAGCUCCACGCCCCACAACACCCAAGCUCCAAGCUUCACCCCACCAUCCCACGCUCCCAACUCUCCCAUCCAACCAUUCUCAAACUCCACAACCACAGCCAGCAUGGCAACAACAACCGAGCCUCCAACGGCCUUCCAAUUCCCACCCCACUACUCCUUUCCACCCUUCUUCACCCUCCAACCCGUCGCCACAACGCGCUCCUCCCAACUCCAAUCUUGGUCAACAUUCAUCCAAUCCUACUGCCGCCACCACCACAUCUUCUCCCUCUCGCUCAUCGAUGCGCUCUCCACGCCCUUAUUCCACAACACAACCCUCUCCCGCCAGUUAUCCCUGCGCGAUGCAAAAGCAAUACUCACAUGGAUGGCGUCCCCCGAAGGCGGGUCGCGCGCAGAGUUCAUCUCAUCCACAGGGAAUAAGAAGAAGGCAGUAGACGAGGGCGAAGGCGGGCGGGUGUGGAUAUACUGGCGACGGCCGGAGGAGUGGGCGGCGCAGUUGGAGGAGUGGGUGGACAGGACGGGCCAAAAGGGCGUGGUGCUUACGCUGUAUGAGAUUGUGGAGGGGGAGGCGAGUGUGAGAGAGGAGUUUGCGGGGAUGGAUAUGGAAUUGUUGAGGAUGAGUUUGGGGGUUUGUGUUAAGAGGGGGAGGGCGCAGAUUUUUUCGAGUGGGGGUGAGGGGGAGGGUAUUAAGUUCUUCUAG